UGCAGUACAAGUUUAUGUCUCGAUCCGCCACCUAGUGGCAAAGCCGCGACCGCCGUGGUGUUAUUCUGAGGAACAAACUCCAAGCGGAACCAACGACAGCGCAAAUGUUUCUCCUUGUUUAAGCGGAACGCGAGUGCUGACGGACCCGGAAGUCAUUGUGCCGGUCGAUUCGGUUUGAAGGAGAUUUGACUGAUAUGUGGUCGAAUGCUAAAUUAUGCGAUUUUUAUUUUGAUUGCCAGUUCCUCCUAAAUGAAGGAGCUUUACUCCGAACAACACAACAAGGCAUGUUUUAAUUUGACAUGGCGAUGAGGCCAUUUUCUCUGCAGAAACGAUGUCAUUUUAUCAUGAAGGCCAGCAGGUUUCUCUUACAAAUCCAUCACACUGGAUGCAUCUCGUCCACGGUUAUCCCUGGAGUUAAUCGACUGGACACACAGCUCUGCUAUGGUCAUGUGCCAAGGUGGUUGCAUUGCAGUUCAGCGUUUUGCAAGAGCAAGUCGGACAGUACAGAUCUUCAGGAAAUAAUAGAGCAUGAGAUUGAGAAAAAGACCAAAUCCUUGGUCACACACGAUGAGCUCUUUGAGCGAGCAGCCAGAGAUGCAAAGAGCAAAGCCAAUUUCAACCGAGUUCUGGACACCUUCAAUAAGAAGGACAUCCGCCGGCGUGGGCAUGUAGAGUUCAUUUAUGCUGCUCUGAAGAAAAUGCCUGAAUUCGGGGUGGAGCGAGACAUCACAGUCUACAACAAACUCUUGGAUGUGUUUCCCAAAGAGGUCUUUGUGCCGCGGAACUUUAUUCAGAGGAUGUUCAAUCACUACCCCAGACAACAGGAGUGUGGUGUGCAGGUGCUGGAGCAGAUGGAAAAUUAUGGAAUUAUGCCUAACAUGGAAACUAAAGUCCUCCUGGUUCAGAUCUUUGGAGAGAAGAGCCACCCAAUGAGGAAGUACCAACGUAUCAUGUACUGGUUUCCCAAAUUCAAGAAUCUGAAUCCAUUCCCAGUGCCUCAUGAGCUCCCACAAGACCCAGUGGACCUUUCCCGCUUCAGCCUCACCCGCAUCGCUAAUGACCUGGACGCUAAAAUUACAGUUUAUCAGCUUCCCUCAACACACAUCACAGAGGCAGGAGAGGAGAUCUCACACCCACAUAUUGUUGGCAUCCAGAGUCCAGAGCAGCGCACCCUGCUUGCCAAGCAUAACCCAAGCAGACCUGUGUUUGUGGAAGGCCCCUUUCCUCUGUGGCUCAGGAAGACCUGUGUACAUUAUUAUCUGCUCAGAGCUGACCCUAUCCCCCCUGAGGAACAGAUAGAGGAGGAGCUCGAACCUGAAUUGAUUGGUCCAGAGCAGAGCUUGUUCUAUCCCCAGUGUAUUGACCUUGACCUUAAGAGAGACUUGGGAGAUGAUGAUAGCUUCGAUGUGGACGAUGUGGUGGAAGGGGCAGUCUAUGCCAUGUGCAUGACCGGACAGGGUGAUCAGGCUACACUAGCACAGUGGAUCAGUGGGCUGCAGGAGAACAACCCAAUCUUAGGGCAGGUUCCCACUGUGUUUCGCCUGGAUUCUGGAUUCAGAGAACUGCAGAAAGUCGAAGAUAUUCACCAUGAUUCUGAACAAAAUCAACACUCGGGAGCUGAAGAGGAGCACAUCAUAGAGGAAGAAGUAUUGCACUCACAGGGUAUGAAGCGGUGACUGGGCAGCAGUCAAUGGAGUGUGUGUUCUUGGAACUUAUCCAAGGGCUAGACAAAGGUCUUGGGCUCUGGUUUGUCCCCUGGUUUGUCCCUUGAGUAGCCAAAUGCUGAUAACCUUAUUUGUUAACUAAAUUAAGAUUAUUUGGUUACAAGACGAUGCUUUAUGUUCGCUCUCAAUUCAGAUACGACUGUUUUUUCUUCCUUCUUUCAGUUCACAUUGAGCUGGGCAGCUUUGACUAAGAUGGACUGUAACAUAUAAAAGUAUAUUUAAUUGAGACUGGUGUUAAGGCAAUUUCAUGAGAAAGGUGCCCUGUUGACGGCACUUUUAACCCAAAACAGUCUAUCUUCUCGGCAGAUUUGAAACGGACUGAUCAUAUUGCCUGUAAUUGCAUAGUAUUGGUUGUGUGAGUUUGCUAAAAGCUAUCAGUGCGAGAACAUUGAACAAGAGAUUUCUGAAGAAUUUACAUUUGUCUUCAUAAGUUCAGCAGCUCUAGGAAUGGUUUCCAGUCUUAGUUUCAUAUGAUGCAAAAGGAAAUGAAAGUCAACUGUGCUGUAUUAGUUUUGAUUAAGUAUGAUUAGCAACAGAUGUGUGGCAGUGAGUGUAUAAAUAUCAUUUCAAAGCUGUAUUACUGAAACCAGUUAUUAAAAGCAGAUUACUGUUCCAAUACAA